GGAUGUCGUGUGUCGACGGUUUGUUUGGCGUGUGAGAUGUAGAACCAUGAAUCGCUAUUAUACCGUUUUUUACGGUUUAUAUCGUAGUUUAUGUAAAAACGUAAAUAAUAAUAAUUCUUAUUAUUGUGUUACAAGACUCGGGCGUGCGGAGCGCCGGUUUCACCUCAGCACGAGUUUAACAGGUAAACUGGUGAGAAGCGGAAAAGAGAGGAAACCAGUGAUCUGCAUCGAGGGAAACAUAGCGAGUGGGAAGACGACGUGUCUGGAGUACUUCAGCAAAACCAGCAACAUCGAAGUUUUGACUGAACCAGUUUCAAACUGGAGGAACGUGCGAGGACACAACCCACUGGGUUUGAUGUAUCAGGAUCCAGAAAGAUGGGGACUCACUCUGCAGACCUACGUCCAGUUGACGAUGCUGGAUCAACACCUCAAACACACAGAAGCUCCAUUGAGGAUGAUGGAGAGAUCGCUGUACAGCGCUAAAUACAUUUUUGUGGAAAACCUGUACAGAAGUGGUAAGAUGCCUGAGGUGGAUUACACUGUCCUGACAGAGUGGUUCGAGUGGAUCAUUUCCAACAUCAGCAUUCCAGUCGAUAUUAUAGUUUACCUGCAGACGUCUCCGCAGACGUGCUACGAGCGCUUGAAGCAGAGAUGUCGAGAAGAAGAGCAAGUCAUUCCACUGGCGUACCUGGAGGCCAUUCACCAGCUCUACGAAGACUGGCUGAUAAAACAAAGCAGCUUUCCAGUUCCAGCAGCGGUCCAGGUGCUAGCGGCUGAUAGCGACCUUCCAAAGAUGCUGCAGCAGUACGAGGAGAACAGAGAGAAGAUUUUCAACAAGUCCGGUGUGCUCCACUGAGCAAGGCGGCGGAGGAAGAGCGACAUUCUAAAGUCUAUUAAAGCGCAACUAUUUAUAGAGCAAGUUGGAAAAAACAUUUUGAGUUUUUUAUGUAUUUAUUUGUUAUACACAUGAAUAAAUUAAAAGAAUAAAAUUC